CCACAUUUCCUGCCUAAACUCUUCCAUUUCUUCUGAUAUCAACCUACAGGCCCUUCUCAGAAAAUCCACAUAAAAGGCAGUUUAGUGCACAAAACUCCAGCCAUUAUCAGCAUUACAAUCCUCUCUUCUAGAUAGUCUCUACCCUUCUUUUUCACAUAUUCAAAAGUAAGAUGUGGCCACUGGCUUUGUGCAUUGGAGUUUUGGUCUUUAUAAGCAUUACACAUUGGGUUUUCAGAUGGAGGAAUCCAAGGUGCAGUGGAAAACUCCCACCGGGUUCAAUGGGAUGGCCACUUCUUGGAGAAAGUCUUCAGUUCUUCGCCCCCAACAUGUCAUCUGAUAUUCCUCCAUUCGUCAAAGAGAGAAUGGAAAGGUAUGGGCCCAUAUUCAGAACAAGUUUGGUGGGUCGUCCAGUCAUAGUAUCAACAGACUCAGAUCUUAAUUAUUUCAUCUUCCAACAAGAGGGACACUUGUUCCAGAGCUGGUACCCGGACACCUUCACAGAGAUCUUUGGGCGACAAAAUGUAGGUUCUUUGCAUGGGUUCUUGUACAAAUACCUCAAAAGCAUGGUGCUCGAUCUAUUUGGUCCUGAAAGCCUUAAAAAGAUGAUUCCUGAAGUUGAAGAGACAGCAAGUAGAAACUUGAAAAUGUGGUCAGAUCAGGACUCAGUUGAUUUGAAGGAUGCAACUGCAAGAAUGAUUUUUGAUCUGACUGCAAAGAAACUGAUCAGUUAUGAUCCUGAGAAGUCCUCAGAGAAUCUGAGGGAGAAUUUUGUGGCUUUCAUGCAAGGAUUAAUCUCCUUCCCUUUGGACAUUCCGGGCACCGCAUAUCACAAGUGUAUGCAGGGAAGACAAAAGGCAAUGAAGAUGCUGAAGAACAUGCUACAGGAAAGGCGAUUGAAGCCAAGGAAGCACCGAAGUGACUUCUUUGAUCAUGUCCUUGAAGAACUUCAGAAAGAGGAUACAAUCCUCACAGAAGCAAUUGCUCUGGAUUUGAUGUUUGUGUUGCUAUUUGCCAGCUUUGAGACAACUUCACUGGCUCUGACUUUAGCCAUUAAAUUUCUUGUGGAACAUCCUUUGGUGUUGAAGGAAUUAAGGCAAGAACAUGAGGCAAUUCUUAGAAGACGGGAAAACUUGGAUUCUGGAAUCACUUGGAAGGAAUACAAAUCAAUGACUUUCACAAUUCAGGUAUUCAAUCAAUGUCACUUUCUCUUUUACAAAGCUAGAAAAGAUUUCGAAACCAAUGGCUUGAGUAGCUCUACUGUGCUAAAAGAUCAAUUAAAAUUGCAGUUUAUCAAUGAAACUGUCCGACUAGCAAACAUAGUUCCUGGAAUUUUCAGAAAGACACUCAGAGAGAUCAAGUUUAAAGGUAUAUUAAAGAUUAAAUAG